AUGCAGCUCCUCCUGCUCCUCUUAGCCUGCGUUCUGGUACCAAGGACAGAGACAGGGGAGAUCAUCGGGGGACAUGAAGCCCAGCCCCACUCUCGUCCCUACAUGGCAUAUAUUCAGUUCUUGAAACAGAACAAUAUGGCAUGCGGUGGUUUCCUGAUCCAAGAAGACUUUGUGCUGACAGCUGCCCACUGCUAUGGAAGCUUCAUGAAUGUCACCUUGGGUGCCCAUGACAUCAGAGUGUAUGAAGAGACCCAGCAGUUCAUUCCUGUGAGAAGAGCCAUCCCUCACCCAGACUAUAAUGAGACUGUAAUAUCCAAUGACAUCAUGCUCCUACAGCUGGAUGAGUCCAUAAAAGUUUUGGAUAAAAGCAAGGCUGGAGGAAGCCCCAGCAACUCCGACCAGGACAAUCUGCCUGUGAAGAUGCAGCUCCUCCUGCUCCUCUUAGCCUGUGUUCUGGUUCCUAGGGCAGAGACAGAGGAGAUCAUCGGGGGACAGGAGGCCCGGCCCCACUCUCAUCCCUACAUGGCAUGUAUUCGUUAUUGGAAAGACAAAAAAUGUGGAUGUGGUGGUUUCCUGAUCCAAGAAGACUUUGUUCUGACGGCUGCUCACUGUAAUGUAAGAUUCAUGAGUGUCACCCUGGGUGUCCAUGACAUCAGUCAGAAUGAAGAGACACAGCAGUUCAUCCGUGUGAGAAAAGCCAUCCCCCACCCAUACUAUGAUAAAAAGACACUUGUGAAUGACAUCAUGCUACUACAGUUGGAGAAAAAGGCCAAAUUGACAAAUGCUGUAGACAUACUGCAGCUACCUAAGACAGAAACCCAGGUAAAACCAGGGACAACAUGCAACGUGGCCGGCUGGGGUAAACUCUCACUCAACAGUUCAGGAUCAUCGAAACUGUAUGAAGUGAAGCUGACUGUGCAGAAUGACAAGGAGUGUGAGUCCCGCUACGGUGAUUACAAGAGCGCCUCUGAGAUAUGUGUGGGAGACCAGAAGAAAAAGGCUUCUACCUUUCAGGGAGACUCUGGAGGCCCGCUCGUGUGUAACAACGUGGCUCAGGGCAUUGUCUCCUAUGGAAAACUUGAUGCCACUCCUCCACAAGUCUUCACCAAAAUCUCACAUUUCCUGAAAUGGAUAAAGAAUACCAUAAAGAGCCUCCAAAUGAAGAAAUCAGAUGAGCCCCUCUUUGAUUGA